AUGGAAAUGGAGAAUCACACCAUGGUGUCAGAAUUCAUCCUCUUAGGCAUCCCCAAUACCGAAGGUCUUGAGAACAUCCUCUUCAUGUGCUUCUCAAUCUUCUACUUCUGUUCCCUGCUCAGCAACCUGCUCAUCUUAGCAGCCGUCCUUGCUGACUCCCGCCUGCACACCCCAAUGUACUUCUUCCUCUGCAACCUCGCCAUGCUGGACAUUGGAUACUCUUCCAUCAGCACCCCGAAAUUGCUGGCCAACUUCUGGGCCGAGAAUAAAACCAUCUCCUUGGGUGGGUGCAUAUCCCAGGUCUUCUUCUACCACUUCCUGGGCAGCACCGAAUGCCUGCUCUACACUGUCAUGGCAUAUGACCGGUACGUGGCCAUCUGCCAUCCGCUGCGCUACCUGCUCAUCAUGAACAACAGGGUGUGUGCCCUCCUGGCCGCCGGCACCUGGAUCACCAGCUCCUUCCAUGCCACCAUCCUCGCCAGCCUGACGUUCACGCUGCCUUACUGUGGGUCCAAUGUGAUAGACUAUUUCUUCUGCGACAUCUUCCCAGUGGUCAAGCUGGCCUGUGCAGACACGUAUAUCAUUGAGACCGUGACCUUCACCAACACUGGUAUGGUGCCCACGACCUGCUUCUUCCUCAUCCUCAUGUCCUACGUGAGGAUUGCAGCCUCCGUGGUGAAGAUACGCAGUGUGGAACAUGGUCAGAAAGCCUUCUCCACUUGCGCCUCGCACCUGACGGUGGUGUGUUUCUUCUUCGGGCCCUGUUUCCUGCUCUACACCCAGCCCUCCCUGAGCAAAGAGGUGGCCACCCGCAUGCAGAUCUUUUGUGACGUGGUCACCCCGAUAAUGAACCCGCUGGUCUACACGCUGAGGAAUAAGGACGUCAAGGCGGCACUCAAGAAAUUGAAAGGUGGCUAA